ACCACGAGCAACCAAGCAACGGGAGUACGGGUUUCAAGGCUUCGCUCAAUCUGACUGGUCGGCGACGAUGUCGACAUUGUCUGCUAUUGCAGGGCUGGACAUGACUAUCCAGGUGAUAUAACUUUUGACUCCGGCGACUCCUACUUCGGUGGCAACCUCGUGACGGACUAUGUAAACGAUGGCUACAUCAGCAUGGCUCGCCUGGAUGACAUGGCGACGCGCAUCAUCGCUGCUUGGUACUUCCUUCACCAGGACGAGACAUACCCUGUAACGAACUUCAGCGCGUUUAGUCCGAACGACGAAGCGACCAACCAGCAUGUGAACGUGCAAGCUGACCACUAUACACUUGUGAGGGAGAUUGGCGCAGCUGGAACGGUCCUUUUGAACAAUGAGAACGACACGCUGCCAUUGAACAAGCCAAGGAACUUGGUAUUGAUCGGUAGCGAUGCGGGUCCAGACAAUUCCGGCCCGAACGAGUUUUCAGAUCAAGGUGGAAGUGAUGGGAUUUUGGCCAUGGGCUGGGGAUCUGGGAGCGUACUCGACAGGACGGUAGCAGCGUGCGUGUUCUGGGACUUUGACGACUGGAACGCUGCUCUGGCUGGUAAUAUGGCGUAUGGUGAGGCCGUCGCUCUCGUUUUCACCAACUCCGACUCUGGCGAAGAUGACAUUACUGUCGAUGGCAAUCAGGGAGAUCGCAACAAUCUCACUGCUUGGCACAAUGGUGAUGACCUCAUUCUUGCAGUCGCUGCGCAGAACAACAAUACUAUAGUCGUCGUGAACAGUGUCGGCCCGCUCAUUAUAGAGCCCUGGAUCGAGCACCCUAACAUCACUGCUGUCGUCUGGGCUGGCAUCCAAGGGCAAGAGGUGGGUAAUGCUAUUGCUGACGUACUUUAUGGCGCAUACAACCCCUCUGGAAAACUCCCGUAUACGAUUGCCAAGGAUUUCGCUGAUUAUCCCGCGCAACUCAUCACUGAUGAUUCGGGAAGCGAGAUUGUUACCAUUGAUUACACGGAGGGGUUGUUCAUCGAUUAUCGCCACUUUGAUCAAGCAAACAUCACGCCACGCUUCGAGUUUGGCUCCGGUUUGAGUUACACCACGUUCACGUACUCUGAGCUUGCCGUGACUCCGAUUCAGUCAUCGGAUACUGAUCAGGAGGAUUUGAUCGCUGCUUGGGAGAACGAGGAGGCUUCGCCCAUCGCUGAAGGGUUUUCUACUGCGCUUGCCUGCAUUCCAGGUAACUUUCAAGGUCGCGAGCACUGGACCUGUAUCCGGGAUGAGAUUCCACAGUUUUACAUUUUCCGUCCUCCGCUAGCGAGCCUCCAUCAGUCCUGAAGGGAUUCACAAAUAUCGAAAUCUCGCCGUCCAGCACAGAAUCUCGUCCUCUAUCGGUGCGAGCAGUAGGGACUUUAGGCUGCGGGGGGAUAUUCCUACUUGAUCGUGCUUUUUGUCUGACACCUGUUGAAUCGAUUCAGUGCGUGUACUUACUGAGUUUUUAUCGUAUUUUGG